UGAGAGUUCCAGACUGUUGAGGACGUACAACGUGCGUUAAAAUCGUCACGCCUCGUCGAAGCGACUCUCGAGUUAUGCCCGGCUGCGCGGCCUUCCAUCUCGCGGGUUAGAGAGAUCGCCGAUCGUCCUCGGAACUCGGUCUAGGGUCCUAGGGGAGCAGUACGGCGGACAGGUUAGGGACGGACGGCCGCCAUUUUGGAGCGCGAGCCGUGGUCCGUGACAGCUAGGCGCUCUUCGCUCAUCGAUGCGGCGGCUCUCGCGCUUCCGCUCGUCCCGUUCGUGCGCCUCGACGUCGGAAUCGGUGAAAUCGGCGAAAUCGGCCUCCGGCUAACCGCGAGCACCGUCCCGGAACUACCCCGACGGCGCGCCGCCACCCUAGACGCCCAUUCGCGGCUCCGAAUCCCCGACCAUGGAGACUCCGAGGGAACGCGAGAUCGCCGCCGAGGACAGCAUCAAGGUGGUCUGUCGAUUCCGGCCGCUCAAUGACUCCGAGGAGAAGGCCGGCUCCAAGUUCAUCGUCAAAUUCCCCUCCGGCGGCGAGGAGAAUUGCAUCUCCAUCGGGGGAAAGGUAUAUCUCUUCGAUAAAGUUUUCAAGCCAAAUGCGACGCAGGAGAAGGUCUACAACGAAGCAGCAAAGUCUAUCGUCACCGACGUCUUGGCAGGAUACAAUGGAACAAUUUUUGCAUAUGGUCAAACGUCAUCGGGCAAGACGCACACGAUGGAAGGAGUUAUCGGUGACAGUGGCAAACAGGGUAUUAUUCCCAGGAUUGUCAACGACAUAUUCAAUCACAUCUAUGGCAUGGAGGAGAACCUGGAGUUCCAUAUUAAGGUGUCCUACUUCGAGAUCUACAUGGACAAGAUCAGAGAUUUGCUCGACGUGUCGAAGGUUAACUUGAGCGUGCACGAGGACAAGAAUCGAGUGCCAUUCGUCAAGGGGGCUACGGAGCGGUUCGUGUCCAGCCCGGAGGAGGUGUUCGAGGUUAUAGAGGAAGGAAAGUUGAAUCGUCACAUCGCCGUGACCAACAUGAACGAGCACAGUUCCCGAUCCCACUCGGUUUUCUUGAUCAACGUCAAGCAAGAGAACCUCGAGAACCAGAAGAAGCUCUCCGGCAAACUUUACCUUGUCGAUCUGGCAGGUUCGGAGAAGGUCUCGAAGACAGGAGCGGAGGGGACUGUCCUGGACGAGGCGAAAAACAUUAACAAGUCGUUAUCGGCCCUCGGUAACGUAAUAUCUGCCCUGGCCGAUGGCAACAAGACUCAUAUACCCUAUCGAGACUCGAAGCUCACGCGAAUUCUCCAAGAAUCCUUGGGAGGCAAUGCCAGAACUACGAUCAUCAUCUGUUGCUCUCCGGCGAGCUUCAACGAGUCCGAGACCAAGUCGACGCUGGACUUUGGUAAACGAGCCAAGACCAUCAAGAACGUCGUUUGCGUCAACGAGGAGUUGACGGCGGAAGAGUGGAAACGACGGUACGAACGCGAGAAGGAGAAGGCGGCUCGACUAAAAGGGAAGGUCGAGAAGCUGGAAUCGGAGCUGUCUCGAUGGAGGCAAGGUGAGACCGUCAAGCUGGAGGAGCAGGUCAACCUGGUGGAGGCUCCCGACGUCGUUUCCCCCAGUGUUGUGACCGUCGAAGCCGAAGUCGACGACGGUCCGAUGCCGGCCACUCCGGGCGGCGGCCUGAUGGCCGGCUCUCUCUCCAACGAAGAGAGGCAAAAGCUCGAGGAGGAACGCGAGCGGCUCUAUCAGCAGCUCGACGACAAGGACGAGGAGAUCAACCAGACCUCGCAGUUCGUGGAGAAGUUGAAGGAGCAGAUGGAGGAACAGGAGGAACUGAUCGCGUGCGCGAGGCGCGACUACGAGCAGCUUCAACAGGAGAUGAACCGCAUCCAGCAGGAGAACGAGAGCGCGAAGGAAGAGGUCAAGGAGGUCCUCCAAGCUCUCGAGGAGCUUGCCGUCAACUACGACCAGAAGUCCCAGGAGGUCGAUGCCAAGAACAAGGAGCACGAGGCCCUGACCGAGGAGCUGCUGGCCAAGCAGGUCGCGCUAAACACCACGACCACCGAACUGCAACAGCUGCGAGACAUGUCGGCCCACCAGCGCAAACGUAUCGUCGAGAUGCUCGCCAACUUGCUAAAGGAUCUUGGCGAGAUGGGCGUGGCAAUCGGCGGGGAUGAGAAUCUCAAGGUUACCCCGGACAGCAGCGGUAAGCUCGAGGAAGAAUUUACGGUCGCUAGGCUCUAUAUCAGCAAGAUGAAGUCGGAGGUGAAGAAUCUGGUACAGCGUUGCCAGGGACUGGAAUGCUUCCAAGCGGACUGUAACAAGAAGGUUUCGGAGUACGAAAGGGAGCUGGGCGAGUGCAGACUGCUGAUCUCGCAGCACGAAGCCAGGAUGCAAACCCUGACGGAGUCGAUGAAGGAGGCAGACGCUCGCAAACGUGCCCUGGAGGAGGACGUGGAUGCCCUCCGGGAGGAGUGCGCCAAGCUGAAAGCUGCCGAACAGGUGCAGGCAGUCAGCAACAAGGAGAAGGCCCAGGAGAAGGAGGCCGCCACGAAGAUGAGAGUGGCCCUGGAGCAGCAGAUGGACCAGUUGCGCGAUGCUCACCAGAAACAGGUGGCUGCUCUCAGAGACGAAAUUUCCGAGAAGCAGCAACUGAUCGGCGAGCUGAAGGACUUGAAUCAGAAAUUCACUCUGGCUCACCAGCAGAUGCAGGCUGACUACGAACGCCUAAAACAGGAGGAGGCGGAUAAGUCGAUCAAGCUGCAGGAGCUCAUUCUGACGAACGAGCGUCGCGAACAGGCAAGAAAAGACCUGAAGGGUCUCGAAGACACGGUGGCCAAGGAGCUGCAGACCCUCCACAAUCUUCGCAAAAUGUUUGUACAAGACCUCCAGGCUAGAAUUAAGAAGUCUGCCAAUGCCGAGGACAACGAAGACGAUGGCGGGUCGUUGGCACAGAAGCACAAGAUCUCCUUCCUCGAGAACAACCUCGAUCAGUUGACGAAAGUGCACAAGCAGCUCGUCAGGGACAACGCCGACCUCCGCUGCGAGCUGCCCAAACUUGAGAAACGACUCAGAGCGACCAUGGAACGCGUCAAAGCCCUUGAGACUGCCCUGCGAGAUGCCAAGGAUGGGGCGAUGAAGGAUCGCAAGCGAUACCAGUACGAGGUCGACAGGAUCAAGGAAGCCGUUCGACAGAAGAAUUUGGCUCGACGUGGUCCCAGUGCCCAGAUCGCCAAGCCGAUCAGGGCUGGCCAGCACCACAUGGGAGGAAUUAACGCCGUCAGGACCGGAAACCGAGAUGUGGAAUGUCAAGUACGGCGGACGUGAGAGUAACCCUGAAAAACCUGAAAAAAAAAUUCUCUUCACUUUUACAGAGAACGAGCGCAAGAGCGCGUUUGCCGACGAAAAGGACAGAGUUCCGAAGGUGAAUCUGAUUUACAACUCGUGCAUGUAAAGGGAAAAGGAGAAAAAGAGAGAGGAGAGAGCGAGAUAUCGAGGGAAGGGAAAGAUCGGGAGAGGAGCCCUUCGAGGUGGAGGCCGAUACCUCGGAGAGCCCUCCGGAGCUUCCCGCUUGCUUCUCCGGUCCCCCGAUUUCGGUUGGGCGACGGGACUCGGGCACGUGCCACCCGUCGACGUUUGUACAUAGUUGGUUAAUUGUCCUACAUGGUUUACCGCCGUCUACUUCUUGCUUUCCUCCUCUUUUUUUUCUCUUAUGCAUAUAUAUAUAUAUAUAUCUAGGUUCAUAAAUUAUCGAAGCGCUUAAAUACUUGCAAGGAAACGCGCUCGACGGCGCGUCGUCUCGAUCGAAGUUAGAAACGACGCGCGUCGCGGCCUGUGAGGUACGGUCGCGAUCACGGUCUACGAUCGAGGUGGGACGGUCGCCCGAGAUUCGCCGAAGGGACCGACAACGGGCGAUUUUCUUCUGCGGAUCCGGAGCGAUCGUUAGGUCGAGGAGCGACUUCGGGGACCGUCUCGCGGUUCGUCGCGUCAACGCGCGAGCAUCCUACUUCGGGGACGCUCCCGGAGAGACGACCCGUCGGAUGGGGAACGCGAUGCUUAAAAGACGUCCUCGGGAAUGGGAACGGCUCGAAGUCCCUCCACUCGGCGCCUAUUUAUUCGGUGUCGCGAACGAAGUCGUCCCCGCACCGUGAUACCAAUUAUUAAUUGUCUAUUUAAAUUAAUUUAUUAAUCCAUCCAUACCCCACGCACUUCAGAGGCUCUCGUCGUAGGAUUACGCGAACGUAUCUUCGGGCCUGCAAAACGUCCGGGGCAGUCGAGUUCCGUCGGUCUUUCGACGGAAAAACGAUCUUUGACUUGAGGUCGCCCAAACGGCCGGUCUCGCUUCCGAACCGAUUUCUAAGAAACGUGGAAAGAAGCGACGCGAUUCCUACGAGGCCCGAGGCGACUCGGGUCUUCUAAUUUUUCCCAGCUCGGGAUGUACCGCGCAACGUUAAUCUUAAGGAUUAUUUAUGCCGAAUUCCCAAGCUACUAAGUUACUCCGGCCUGGUACUUUGCCGGGGAACGGGGACUCGACCCGUCUCCCUUUGCUGCCUCGACGGAAGGGAACCUCCUUCGAAUCCAGGGGCGGACUCGAGCGACGGCUCUUUUUCCUCGUUCGAGGACCGAGACGAACCCCGCGUUACCUUAUAAAGAUCGUAGGCUAUUUAAUCGUCUCGCCGAUGUUCGCGACAGGCGUCGAUAUGGAAUUAAGGUUAUACUUUAAUCGAUUCCCGCUUAACGCUCGCUCUAAACGGUUUCUUAGCGGACGGCGCCGAGGUAGCGUCGUCUCUCGAGCCUCGGGACGUUUCCAAGAGGAUUCUCGAGAACUUCCAUGGAAUUACCCCGCGUACCAACGGUGACGUCCAUAGAUGAUAAUUGACGGUGCGCGUGGUCUCGCCUGUCUCGCCGAGUACGCAUUUUUCCCUUCGUUCUUUUUUCUUUUUCUCCGUCGAGCACCCGUCGCAUUUUACGCCCCGCCAAAGGGAUCCGUAGCAUUCCUGGAGGGCGGUUUAAUAAUAAUUAACGAUAACCGCGGGAAGACGCGAGCGAAACGUUGUCGCGGAGGACAGGCUUGCUUACCUUUAAGAACGUCACCGUCGAACGAGGUCGAAUUCCGCGUAGGAGAUUUUUUAGCCAGACGGGGAAGUCCCCUCCUCGAGAAAUGAAUUUUUCUCGCGAGGUCGACCGGUCCGUAGUCGGGCGCGGAGAGGUCCUCCGCCACCGAACGAAUUAUCGCAAUUUUUUCGCGCGAGCGUACCUUUCAUCGAGUGGCAAAAAAAGGAAAUUGAAAUUGCGGCCCUCUCCGUGCUCGGUUCGAGCUCCCACCUCGGAAGGGAGAGUCGAGACCCCCUUUCCUCCUCCCGCGAUCCUUGGUGUCCAUUUUCGUCUAUUCACGAAAGAUCCGUGAAUCCGCGCUCCGCGGCCUCGGCUAUCUCGGAGGUGUCGCGCGAGUUGCUUCCACGAUGUUACGGGCAAUGCGGAGGAAAAAUAAAGAAAGCCGCGGCCGGCGAGAAAGGAGCAGAGGAAUAAGAGGCGGACGAAAGAGUCGCGAUUAUUUUUCAUAAAUGCAAAGCACGAGAGAGAGAGAGAGAGAGAAAGAGAGCGUGUACGGAUGUUAAUCGUAGCGGAUAAUUGAAAAUAAUGAUCGUCGAUAUGGAACACUUAACUGCACACGGCCGCCGAUCGCAUCGUCGAAGCGAAGGUCGAUCUCUGAUCCGUACUUUACGUUGAUCUUUAAUUAUUAUCUUUCUUUUCUGACGCCCCGAGCAGCCCGAGGGACUUCUUAAUCACUGUCCAUUUUAAUCGUCUUCGAUUUUUUUCGAAAAGUCGAUCGAAUUGGGCAAUCAAUUGAUAACGGAUACGGAAAAUAUUCAUCGAAGGGCCUUUUAUUCGGCAAGGCCUUUCGCGAUUUUUUGGAUAACGAGUAGAAAUAUUAUCGACGAAUUCGUUAUUUGAGGUUUACAAAAUUCUGGGAAAUUUUUUUUAAUUUUCUUCUCUUUUUUCCAAAGGAGUUUAUCUCGUCGCGAAUUUUCUAACUAGUGACAUUUUAAUUCGCACGCAAGGUUUCGAGGACGCGUCGAAGCGAAAACGUUCCUCGAAAUUAUUGUAUCUCUCCUUUGCGAUUUUUCCAGGUUCGGAUCUACCUCGGCUGACAAAGUCGGAUCGCGCGAUUAAAAAAAGGUCUAGAUCGGCAAGACCGCGUAGCGAGAUCGCUGAUUUAUUUUAGGAUAGAUCCUUAGACUGUACGUGCAGGGUGUCGAGUGAGGGAGCGGGAGAGGCCGUAGACCCGGAAAAGUGCAAAACUACAAAAAAAAAAAAUGCAAGGCAAGGAAGCAAAAACACAUACCACUUAAUUGUAACGAAUGCUAUCAUUGGAAUUAAUCGUGAAGAAAGGGAAAUCUAGAAAAAAAAAAGGAGAGGGUGCGAGAGUGCGAGUGCGCAUGAGAGAGAGGAAGCUAUUACUAUUGCUACAAUUAUUAUCGAAUCGAUUAGGAGAAUGCUUACAAUUAAAGGCACGUGAAAAC